UGUGACACAAGCUCCUCAGAAGUACAAGCGUGAGGUCGUGGAGCUCCGCACAAAAAAAUUCAGCACCGCAAUUUUAGCUUUUGCGACAAAUGCAAACGUAUUUAAUUGUCACUGACAGUGGCAUUGUCGUGAGACUUAAAAUCAAGUUGUUAAUGAAUGACGUACAAUUAGAAAAUACUAAUAGACCAUCGUAAUGGUCCCUGGUAGCAUAGCUAUUUUCCUCGCCUCUUGCGAAUCUCUACGGAUAGCGGUGCUUACCAAAUUUCAGUAAUUUAAGCAUGUAUUUUGGCUAGUGCAGGAAAAUCGGGUUUAGUGAAAUAAAAUGUUUGCAUAUAAAGCUUCGGCUCAACAAGGCACACGUAUGUUUAGAGCCAAGAUUUUAAGCAAAUGUGCUUUUAGAAGAAAAAUGAGUUCCAGGCUUGUUCUCGGCAUUGAGACGAGCUGUGACGAGACAGGUGCGGCUGUAAUGGAUGAAACAGGCUUAAUCCUUGGAGAAUCUCUUCAUUCACAAAAAGAGGUGCACAUGAAGACUGGUGGGAUUAUUCCCACUGUUGCCCAGCGGCUCCACAGAGAGAACAUAGGCCGCGUCGUCCAGGAGGCCAUGGAGAGGAGUGGCGUCACCCAGAGUCAACUGUCUGCUGUAGCCACCACAGUGAAGCCGGGCCUGGCCCUGAGUCUGGGGAUAGGCCUGCACUUUAGCCUGAACUUUGUAAAGCUACACCAGAAGCCCUUCAUCCCCAUCCACCACAUGGAGGCCCAUGCCCUGACAGUCAGGAUGCUCCAGCCUGUAGUAUUCCCCUUCCUCGUCCUCCUAGUCUCCGGAGGUCACUCUCUCUUGGCUCUGGCCAGAGGAAUCGAUGACUUUCUUCUCCUGGGUCAAACACUGGAUGAAGCUCCAGGGGACACUAUGGACAAGGUGGCAAGACGUUUGUCACUCAUCAAACACCCAAAGUGCUCCAUGAUAAGUGGGGGUCAAGCAAUAGAGAUUCUGGCUCGAGAUGGAGACAGGUUGAAGUUUCUCUUCAAGCCACCAAUGGGAGCGCACUAUGACUGUAACUUCUCAUUUGCUGGUCUGCGAAAUCAGGUGACGAUGUCAAUACAGAAAAAAGAGGAAGAGGAAGGUGUGGAGCAGGGAACUUUGUUGUCAUGUGUUAAUGACAUAGCUGCUGCUACGCAGCACACAGUGGCCUCUCACAUUGCCAAGCGCACACAUCGUGCUAUUUUGUUCUGUAAGGCCAAAGACCUUCUGCCUUCCUGCAAUCCAACACUGGUGGUGUCAGGAGGAGUUGCCAGUAACCAGUACAUCCGAAAGAUUUUGAAGAUUGUCACAGACACCACUGGAUUACAUUUGCUUUGUCCUCCAUCCAAGUUUUGUACUGACAAUGGAGUCAUGAUCGCAUGGAAUGGAGUUGAGAGACUGAGGGAAGGAAAGGGCAUCCUGUCCCAUACUGAGGAGGUCAACUAUGAGCCCAAAGCUCCCCCUGGGUGUGAACAUAACAGCAGAAGUGAAGGAGGCAGCUAUCAAACUUCCACCAUUAAAGCUGAGGGUUACGGACUGACGUUCACUUAUGUACAUAUCCAUAUAAUUCCUACUAUUUACCAUUAAACUUUUGAAAUACA